CAUUGUAGCCGGAAUUUCCCUGCAUCUGCACCCGAUAAGAACCGCGCAGAACCAUCCAUGGAAGAUCCGUCGUCAGAAGAGGAAAACCCACGAGUUUUGAAAGUGCUAGAAGCUCUAAAACAGGCUUCCCAUGAGCUACAGACUCACCCGACUACCAAGGCGGACUCCAACUCCUCCGCAAUGAAAGCUCUGCUCGAGCUGGAAACGGAGUCGGACACAAUCCUCUCUGACGACCCACAUCUCUCCACCCUUUCUCAGUACCUUUCCGAGCUCAAAGCCCUCGUCGAGACCCUGCAGCAGUCGCGCGGCCACAGCCUCAGGAACUUCUUGACCCGCCGAGUCUCGACCCAUUCCAUUGCCCGAGUCGCAGGCUCGAUAGAAUUCGAAAUUCAAGCCUGGAUCGACCGCGAAAGCAUCGAAGGAUUGAGGAAGGCUCUCAAAGAGCCGUACAAGAUCGACGAGAAAUUGGUUGGGUUACUGACUCAGUUCGAGGAACGAGUCUCGAAAGGGUUUAACCGCGAGUUGCAAGAUUUAGUGCUGAAAUCAAAAGCUUUUUCCUUGCUGCAAUCGGUUCUUUGUGAUCCGAAUUGCUCGAAGAGAAUCCGGGAGCACGCAGCGUUCUGCGUUGCGGCCUUGAUUCAAUUCAAUAAGGAUGUGUUCGUGGGUCAGGUAAGUAUGGAUGCCACAAUUCACGCGCUCCUAACAAUGGGCUCGACGCAUUCGAUUAAGGUUCUAUGUGCAUUGAUAAGAUCAAUCAAAUCCCCAUUCGUAGACGAAAUUGAAUCCAAUGGUGAGAUACCCAAAAUCAAUGCUUUGUUGGAAUCAAAGAAUUUGGGGAUGAGAAUCUUGGUGCUGGAUUGUAUUCUUGAAAUUGGCUACUUCGGACGCAAAGAAGCAAUCGAGGCAAUGCUUAAAGCAGGAUUGAUAAAGAAACUGGUGGAGAUGCAGAGAUCAGAAUUGGGUGGGGAUUUAAUCGACAUAGGAAGAUCCGAAGAGGAGGAGAAUGGAGGAGGAGUGAGCGCAGGUGGGGUUGAGAAGAAGAAGAGUGAGAGUGGGCAGCAGAGGAGGUUCUUGGAGAGUCAUCCAUUUGCAAGCUGUGUGGCGAGAUUUGCAGUGCAGUUGGAGGUGGGGGAGGGGCUUAGGCAGAGGGAGAAGAGAGCUUUCAAGCAGGAGAUAUUGGAGAGAGUGAGGGAAGCAUCUGUCUCGGAUGCAGAGGCUGCUACCAUUGUUGCUGAAGUCUUGUGGGGAUCUUCACCAUGAAAAUGUUGUAAAGAAAUUGGGAUACUCAAAACAAAACAAAACAAAGGUAAUAAUAUUAGUUGUGCAUAGAAUUGUAGUAGAACUUAGAACUUGGUUUUUAGGCAAUUGUUUGUGUCUCAUAUUUAGUGUUGUAAAUGGAAUUGUUGAAUGAAAUUGAGUCAUUUAA